AACUUUGACCGCCGAGCCCUCAGCACAACUGGUGCGCGAUAGCAGAGUUGUUUGCCCCUCGACUGUUGAAUAUAUUUACCGACCAUUUCAAGCGUUCCUUGUGCCGUAGUGCAAACAUCGUCAACUCGCGUCGGUAUUCUGUGAAGUAGAAAGUGAAAGUAGUCAAAAUGUCGGGCAAAGUGCUCCUGUCGAAGGAUCCCGUCUACCAGCAGAUUAAGGAGUACUACAAUGGCCACGGUUCGUCGAUUAACAUCAAGAAGCUGUUCGACGAGGACGACAUUCGCUUCGAUAAGUUCCACUUGAAGCUGACGACCCCAGCCGACGGUGAUAUCCUGCUCGAUUACUCCAAGAACCGUGUGACGGACGAUGCCUGGAAUCUGCUGCUCGAGCUGGCGGAGUCGCGGGAUGUGGUGAAGAUGCGCAACGACAUGUUUGGCGGCGAGCGCAUCAACGUGACGGAGAACCGGGCGGUGCUGCACGUGGCACUGCGUAACCGCUCGAACAAGCCGAUCCUGGUCGACGGUAAGGACGUGAUGCCGGAGGUGAACGCCGUGCUGGAGCACAUGAAGGAGUUCACCGAGCAGAUCCACAAUGGCACGUGGCGCGGGUACACGAACAAGAAGAUCAGCGAUGUGGUCAAUAUCGGUAUCGGUGGCUCCGAUCUCGGUCCGCUAAUGGUGAGCGAGGCACUGAAGCCGUACAACCAGGGCAUCCGGUCGCACUUCGUCUCGAACGUGGACGGUACGCACAUCGCGGAAACGCUCAAGAAGCUCGACCCGGAGACGACGCUCUUCAUCAUCGCGUCGAAAACGUUCACCACGCAGGAGACGAUCACUAAUGCGACCGCCGCCAAGCGCUGGUUCCUCGAGCGCUGCAGCGAGAAGGACCAGGUCGCGAAGCACUUCGUCGCCCUGUCCACCAACAAGGAGAAGGUGGCCGCGUUCGGUAUCGACACCAAGAACAUGUUCGAGUUCUGGGACUGGGUCGGUGGACGCUACUCGCUCUGGUCCGCCAUCGGCCUCUCGAUCUCGCUCGCCAUCGGUUUCGAUAACUUCGAGAAGCUGCUCGAUGGAGCCCACUACAUGGACAACCACUUCAUGACGGCUCCGUUGAACGAAAAUGCUCCGGUCAUUCUAGCGCUGAUGGGUAUCUGGUACUCGAACUUCUACGGCGCGGAAACGCAUGCCCUUCUGCCGUACGACCAGUAUCUGCACCGGUUCGCUGCCUACUUCCAGCAGGGUGAUAUGGAGAGUAACGGCAAGGGUGUCACGAAGUCGGGCGAGAAGGUGGACUUCGCUACCGGACCGAUCGUCUGGGGCGAGCCCGGCACUAACGGCCAGCAUGCAUUCUAUCAGCUGAUCCAUCAGGGUACCCGAUUGAUUCCGUGCGACUUCAUCGCUCCGGUCCAGACGCACAACCCGGUCGAGGAUGGCGCGAUGCACACGAUCCUGCUCGCCAACUAUCUGGCCCAAACGGAAGCGCUCAUGAUGGGCAAAUCGGCCGAGCAGGCGCGUGCCGAGCUGGAAAAGGCCGGACUGGCCGGGAACGCGCUCGAGCAGCUGCUGCCGCACAAGGUGUUCACCGGCAACCGCCCAACCAACUCGAUCCUGGUGAAGAAGGUGACACCGUUCGUGCUGGGCGCGCUCAUCGCGAUGUACGAGCACAAGAUCUUCACGCAGGGCGUCAUCUGGGACGUGAACUCGUUCGAUCAGUGGGGCGUCGAGCUCGGUAAGCAGCUGGCGAAGGCGAUCGAGGUCGAUCUGGUCGAUCCGAACAAGACCACCUCGCACGAUUCCUCCACCAACGGGUUGAUUAACUUCAUCAAGAUCCACAAGGACCAGCAGUAGAUCCGGCGACGCCGGGCCGGGUAGGCACCUGGGAGCGUACUAUUUAUCAUCAGUAACUUAUUCAACAGGAGAAAAUAACAAGAAAGGAAAUCUAACAUUCGUAGGCACUGCACCUCUUCCUCUUUCCAUCUCGUCCGCCCCUCGUAGGAAUGGCAUACUCCAUUUCCGGGGUGAACUUUUUCUACCACUUUCGGUAAGAAUGUUGCCUUUCACCAUUCACACCAUCAACACCUUCGCCCUCGAGCUUCACCACCACGAUCUUGGCACGUCUCUAGGCACGACUAUGAAAAAAGGAAACAAGGAAGAACUAAGCUUACUCCACCAGGUUGUUCUUCUAUUUCUGCCCCGGGAAUCUCUCUUAGGUUUUGGCGAAACAUGAAAAGUCGCUUGCACUUGUUGGAGGAUAAUGUAUCGCGAGGGUAGACCGAGAAGGGGGCAAGUGCUGUAGCGCGCGUAUGCGGUGCAAUAAUUAAAUGCUAAUAUAAUAUACUAGCUUACUGAUACUGUGGCACAUUGAGCAACAAGCUAAACAGAUUAUUAUGAGAAUAAAAUGUUAAAAAACAAAAUAAAGUAAAGUAAUUUGUGUAAUGAAUUA